AAGUAAACUCCUAAACAUCAAUCGCAAUCAUGCAGCCCACACAAUGCCUAAUGAAACGGGUAGCCCGACAUGCUCUGAGUACGAAGAAAGCAAAUAAAGGGUUCUACAAGGGUACUGGAAGUGGUUCAACCGGUCGACAUACACAACAUGGAGGGUACAUAAUCGAGUGGGAUAAAGUCAGGACAUACGUUGUGCCGCCAAAUCUUAAGGAGUGUAAACUUACACCAUUUGUCACAAAAAAGAUAUUGCCGCCGAGAGGAAGAUUCGAAAAUGAUCCCAAAGGUGCUUUCAGUGGAGAAGCAUACCUGCGGAAGUGGAAGGACAUUUCGGAUGGAAUGACAUAAAUAAUUGGUGUGAAAUGGGUUUAUGGGAAAACGGCGUUGACAAUUGUAUCAAAAAAUGUAUCAAAACGAUAACAUGAAUAUCAUACCCCUCGGAUUGAAACCUGGAGCGUGAGAUGAAGUUGCGCAUGUUCAUAGUAUCUGAAAAUCGGGCGUAUACUGUGAAGUGGACAUACUUGAUAAUACUGGCCAGCUCAAAUUGAGCAGCCAAGUUGUUCAUUGGUUAUUGUAAUGAACGCUGUGAUUGGCAUGCGAUGUUAUCUCUGUAUAUGGGCUUCCGUUGUCGAAAUCUAUUCUAAAGCAGGACGUAUUCACGAAAUCUUAUUUUGUUUUUCAAGCCGAACUACUUAUGAGAUACGCCAGGGUUCUCAGUGGAACAUGAAUUCAGUAUUAACUUAUUUGUCUUCUGGGAGUGCUAAACCAAGGAGUUGCCCAGGUACUUGAAGUUCAUUAAAUGCCCUCUUUUUGGUUGAAGUGCAAUUAUGUCUCCAAAUCCAUCCCUCAACAUGCUUGCAAUAUGGAGGUGUUUCAAGGGGGAUUGGUCUCCCCCCUCCUGUCGGAUUUCAUCUCUCGACAUUGUAUACUCUCCUCAAUAAGACCUUACGGUUUUCUACUCGUACUGCAAU